AUGACCAUCUCAAAGACGGAACCUAUUCAAGGAAUGGAAUUGGAUCUUUUUGGGUCCCUUUUAACGAUUAGUGGUAAGACCAAGUGUGGAACAACUUACAAGAUUCAUAUGAAGAAUAUUGUUGAUGUUUGGGGACAAACUCUCGAGGACACUAUUGAAGAAGUUCGUGUUGGAAGUGCACGUCAAUCAUUGCAAGCGUUCAAAACUGGAAUGAUUGUUUUAGAUCCAACAUUGAACACGAAACCCACUAUCAAUAUUGAUUCUGUUCGAGUCAUGGAAGAGUGA